UGGCACUAGGAAAAGCUUCCAACACACAGUCCACAACACAGCUUGGGAACCAAAAAAGCUACAGAUCCAGCCACUCAGCCCAAGCAUGGGAGAACUACCAGCAUUGCCUCAUUGCAAAAAAGAGGAGGAAAACAACGUGAUCCAUGUUUAACAAAAGAAUCUGUGGACUAGGAGGCGGGAGGGUAACUACCUGCUGAAAGUGAACUUUCUUGAUAUCCAUGCAUAUAUAUAAACUCAGCCCUGCCUUUGAUGUUCAGCAACUGAUCACUGAUCAGAUUACAGGCAUUUCAUCUCCCUGCUCGUCUGCCUUUGAUCUGCAUGGUUAAUUUUAUUUUCCUGGAUUUGAAGUUUCGUCUGGGCUUGUGCUGACAUACAUUUUUGGGAAGGUAGAAGCAUUUGGCACAGAAGUGCUGCCAGGAGAAACUAAGUUGCCGAACGGAACUCUCCAACAAUAAAUACAUUUGAUAAGAAAGAUGGCUUUAAAAGUGCUACUAGAACAAGAGAAAAGGUUUUUCACUCUUUUAGUAUUACUAGGCUAUUUGUCAUGUAAAGUGACUUGUGAAACAGGAGACUGUAGACAACAAGAAUUCAGGGAUCGGUCUGGAAAUUGUGUCCCCUGCAACCAGUGUGGGCCAGGCAUGGAGUUGUCUAAGGAAUGUGGCUUCGGCUAUGGGGAGGAUGCACAGUGUGUGACGUGCCGGCUGCACAGGUUCAAGGAGGACUGGGGCUUCCAGAAAUGCAAGCCCUGUGUGGACUGCGCAGUGGUGAACCGCUUUCAGAAGGCAAAUUGUUCAGCCACCAGUGAUGCCAUCUGCGGGGACUGCUUGCCAGGAUUUUAUAGGAAGACGAAACUUGUCGGCUUUCAAGACAUGGAGUGUGUGCCUUGUGGAGACCCUCCUCCUCCUUACGAACCGCACUGUGCCAGCAAGGUCAACCUCGUGAAGAUCGCGUCCACGGCCUCCAGCCCACGGGACACGGCGCUGGCUGCCGUCAUCUGCAGCGCUCUGGCCACCGUCCUGCUGGCCCUGCUCAUCCUCUGCGUCAUCUAUUGUAAGAGACAGUUUAUGGAGAAGAAACCCAGCUGGUCUCUGCGGUCGCAGGACAUUCAGUACAACGGCUCUGAGCUGUCGUGUUUUGACAGACCUCAGCUCCACGAAUAUGCCCACAGAGCCUGCUGCCAGUGCCACCGUGACUCAGUGCAGACCUGCGGGCCGGUGCACUUGCUCCCAUCCAUGUGCUGUGAUGAGGCCUGCAGCCCCGACCGGGCAAUUCUUGGUUGUGGGGUGCAUUCUGCAGCCAGUCUUCAGGCGAGAAACGCAGGCCCAGCCGGGGAGAUGGUGCCGACUUUCUUCGGAUCCCUCACGCAGUCCAUCUGUGGCGAGUUUUCAGACGCCUGGCCUCUGAUGCAGAAUCCCAUGGGUGGUGACAACAUCUCUUUUUGUGACUCUUAUCCUGAACUCACUGGAGAAGACAUUCAUUCUCUCAAUCCAGAAUUUGAAAGCUCAACGUCUUUGGAUUCAAAUAGCAGUCAAGAUUUGGUUGGUGGGGCUGUUUCAGUCCAAUCUCAUUCUGAAAACUUUACAGCAGCUACUGAUUUAUCUAGAUAUAACAACACACUGGCAGAACCAGCAUCAACUCAGGAUGCACUAACUAUGAGAAGCCAGCUAGAUCAGGAGAGUGGCGCUGUCAUCCACCCAACCACUCAGACGUCCCUCCAGGUUCGUGUUCAAUUAGCUUGGCUCCAUGAUGUGGGCUCGUUCGUAGCUCAGGAAAACAACAUGUGUCCAUCUGGGAGGAAGCUUAAAGAACCUGCUUCUUUCUGCAGUAGAAGUGUGUGCUGAACCCAAAGAGUACUCCUUUGUUAGGCUUAUGGACUGAGCAGUCUGGACCUUGCAUGGCUUCUGGGGCAAAAAUAAAUCUGAACUAAACUGACGGCAUUUGAAGCCUUUCAGCCAGUUGCUUCUGAGCCAGACCAGCUGUAAGCUGAAACCUCAAUGAAUAACAAGAAAAGACUCCAGGCGGACUCAUGAUACUCUGCAUCUUUCCUACAUGAGAAGCUUCUCUGCCACAAAAGUGACUUCAAAGACAGAUGGGUUGAGUUGGCAGCCUAUGAGAUUGUGGACAUAUAACAAGAAACAGAAAUGCCUUCAUGCUUAUUUUCAUGGUGAUUGUGGUUUUACAAGACUGAAGACCCAGAGUAUACUUUUUCUUUCCAGAAAUAAUUUCAUACCGCCUAUGAAAUGUCAGAUAAAUUACCUUAGCUUUUAUGUAGAAUGGGUUCAAAAGUGAGUGUUUCUGUUUGAGAAGGACACUUUUUCAUCAUCUAAACCGAUUCACAUAGGUGGUUAGAAUGGCCCUCAUAUUUCCUGCCUAAAUCUUGGGUUUAUUAGAUGAAGUUAACUGAAUCAGAGGAAUCAGACAGAGGAGGAUAGCUCUUUCCAGAAUCCACACUUCUGACCUCAGCCUCGGUCUCAUGAACACCCGCUGAUGCUGAUCUCAGGAGAACGCCUGGGCUAGGGAAUGUGAUCGAGAAAGGGCAGCCCAUUGCCCGGAAUUAACGCAUAUUGUAGAGACUUGUAUGCAAAGGUUGGCAUAUUUAUAUGAAAAUUAGUUGCUAUAGAAACAUUUGUUGCAUCUGUCCCUCUGCCUGAGCUUAGGUUAUAGAAAAAGGGUAUUUAUAAACAUAAAUGACCUUUUACUUGCAUUGUAUCUUAUACUAAAGGCUUUAGAAAUUACAACAUAUCAGGUUCCCCUACUACUGAAGUAGUCUUCCAUGAGAACACACCACAUGUUAGGACUAGAAGAAAAUGCACAAUUUGUAGGGGUUUAGAUGAAGCAGCUGUAACUGCCCUAGUGUAGUUUGACCAGGACGUUGUCGUGCUCCUUCCAAUUGUGUAAGAUUAGUUAGCACAUCAUCUCCUACUUCAGCCAUCUGGUGUUGGAUUUAAGAAGACGGUGCUUCUUGCUAUUAAAGUACUCCAUCCUCUACCAUCUACACACUAGCAUUGUCUCUAGAACUAAGACAGAAAUUAACUCUGUUCAGUCACAAAGCAGGGAAUGGUUCAUUUACUCUUAAUCUUUAUGCCCUGGAGAGAACCUACUUGAAUAGGGCAUAUUUUUUAGACUUCUGAACAUCAGUAUGUUCGAGGGCACUAUGAUAUUUUGGUUUGGAAUUGCCCUGCCCAAGUCACUGUCUUUUAACAUUUAAACUGAAUAUUAAAAUGUAUCUGUCUUUCCUAGUACGUUUUUAUCUUCUCAUGUAUUACCCAUGGUUUUCUCUGUUUGUGAGAGAUUAGUAAAAUUUAAUGAGCCCCCUUUCUUGUGGCCGUUUCUCCAUAGUUGCAGGUUUUGAUGUGUUUACUAGCUUGCCUGUGUCUGCUACAUCUCAUGACCUCAAUUCCCUCACCUGAAAUAGGAAAUGAGAAGGUUUCAUUGUAGCCCCCAAGCUGUCAUGUCAACCUAGUGCCUAGUCAUAAUUAAUUGACUUUUCCUGUAUUACUUUUUUUUUUUAAGUAUAAACCAGUGAUCCUUUGGUAGUCAAGAACUCUUAGGAAAACUGCCUUUUGGACAUGUGAAAUAUUUAGGAUUUGACCACACAAUGGCUCUGAAAAUGCAAGUAGUUUCCUCGCGUGACCUCACCGUGAUCACAUACGUGCCACUGUGUGCAAUCUGGUCCUUUCUAUUAUGACAGAGAGAUGAUGAAAGUAGGCAGGGCUGUGUUCCUUUGUGUAGCCUGUAUAUAUUUUCCAUAUGUAGAGCCCUGAUUAACUUCAAGAACACACACUGGCUGGAGAAAGCCAGACUAAUGGGAAUGAGACUUUGGCCAAAAAUCCCAAAACAUCAUUUUCAAUCAGUAGAGAAAUGCUUAGGGUUGAAAACUGAUUUCAUUUGCUACUGAAUUUGGUAAAUCCUGGGUAACUUUUAUCAAGAUGAAGACAUUUUACCCUACCUACUCUAGAAAUAUACAACAAUGUUAUAUUUUACACUCCUUGUAAACAUUUGAGGAAAAAAAUCCAAUUUGCACUUCACUUUGUUGGAAUAUCCCAUAGCACUCAAUAAACUCAGCUGCUAGAGUGCCGAUGUCAGGAAGACUGCAUCGGGUAACGCGCGUGGCUGAAUGGGCAUAACCACUGUGGCUUCUUGUGCUGCAGAAGCUCGUUGACAAGAAUGAGGAGGAUUUCAAGAGCAACCAAGUAAAGUCAUGCAUUUUCUAAUUUUGUGUAUAUGGAAUAUAUUUUUAAAUAGAGAUUUUUCUACUUUAGAUAAUGUGUUAAUACUGCUAUUACCUAGGUUAAGCACUAUUGUCUGUUAGUAAAAAAAAAAAAAAGGAAAGGAAAACCAUCAUUGCUUUAAAAUAGCUUAAAUCAAUUUAGAUUUCAUCAUUACUAUUGCAUACUGGAAUUUAUAAAUGUGUAAAUUAUCAUUUUCUUAGUUUUGUAAUACCUUUUUUAUCUGUGAAUAAAAUUAUCACCUGG